AUGUCUACCACGAGCACUGCAACCACAACUGCGGCCUCGGCCACCUCAAGCUGCUAUAACAAGCUGUACGACAUCCCAGUACACGAUGCUGCUUGUGCGAUGCCGAUGAAAAGCAACUAUUCGUCAAUCAUGAGCAGCUGCUGUGACGAGGCCUCCGUUGUCGAGUAUGAUAACUGCGACUACUACUGCCUCGCACAAGGUCAGACAGUUGGAGAUCUUGCCGAGUGCCUCAUCAAAGCUUCUGAGCCUGGUGAGGUUUGGUGCAACACGAAUGCGAAUGCCACCGCCACUGCAACGGCUACCGCUACUGGCACCGGAGUCGUGACCCUGGGUGCCACCGUGACUGAUGCUGACUCGACCGGCUCUGCUACCUCCAGUGGUGCCACUUCAACCUCGACCUCGAACGCAGCUCCUGCGGUCUUGGCUCCUCGUCCGCUCUCGAAGUCUGCCAUUGGUGUUGUUGGUCUCCUAUUCAUUGGCUCUGCGGCUGGACUUUUCCUGUAA